GCACUUCCGUGUGCCCUGCGCGGGAGCGGGAGGCGGCGGCCCCGGGAUCCCUUGAGCGACCCCCGGCGUCUGCCCUCCGCGCCGAGGCCUGGGUGGUACCUCGCCGGCCGCCGGGCCCGUUCCGGUCGGGCGCUCACCGACCCCGGUCCGCGCGCGUGCCCCGGAGCCGCGCCGCGAGCCGGACCCCAGCCACCGCGACCCCUGGCGCCUGGCCCUGAGCCCGGAGGUCCGCUGGGAACUGGCCCAGGUGAGGGUGGCUGGCCUACUUCUCCUGGUGGCGGUGGUUGUGGUGGUGGUGGAAGUAGGAGCCAGGACUAAGGGCAAAGGGAAGCAGGGAGCCCCAGCCCCGCUGCAGGCCUCAACAUGGCACCGUUCCUGCGCAUCUCCUUCAACUCCUAUGAGCUGGGCUCCCUGAAGACCGCGGACGAGGCCAGCCAGCCCUUCUGUGCUGUGAGGAUGAAGGAGGCGCUCAGCACUGAGCGUGGGAAGACGCUGGUGCAGAAGAAACCCACUAUGUAUCCUGAGUGGAAGUCCACGUUCGAUGCCCACAUUUAUGAGGGCCGCGUCAUCCAGAUCGUGCUGAUGCGAGCGGCAGAGGAGCCAGUGUCCGAGGUGACAGUGGGCGUGUCAGUGCUGGCCGAGCGCUGCAAGAAGAACAAUGGCAAGGCCGAGUUCUGGCUGGACCUGCAACCCCAGGCCAAGGUGUUGAUGUCUGUGCAGUAUUUCCUGGAAGACAUAGAUUGCAAGCAGUCUAUGCGGGGUGAAGACGAGGCCAAGUUCCCAACAAUGAACCGCCGUGGAGCCAUCAAACAGGCCAAAAUCCACUACAUCAAGAACCACGAGUUUAUCGCCACCUUCUUUGGGCAGCCCACCUUCUGCUCUGUGUGCAGAGACUUUGUUUGGGGUCUCAACAAGCAAGGCUACAAGUGCAGGCAAUGCAAUGCUGCCAUCCACAAGAAAUGCAUCGACAAGAUCAUCGGCCGGUGUACGGGAACUGCGGCCAACAGCCGGGACACCAUAUUUCAGAAAGAACGUUUCAACAUCGACAUGCCACACCGGUUCAAGGUUUAUAACUACAUGAGCCCCACCUUCUGUGACCACUGUGGCAGCCUGCUCUGGGGGCUGGUGAAGCAGGGAUUAAAGUGUGAAGAUUGUGGCAUGAACGUGCACCAUAAGUGCCAGAUGAAGGUGGCCAACCUCUGUGGCAUCAACCAGAAGCUCUUGGCAGAAGCCUUGAACCAAGUCACCCAGAGACCUGUCCGAAAGUCAGAGUCGGAGGUUGCAGAGACGGUUGGGAUCUAUCAGAAUUUCGAGAAGAAGCCAGGAGUCUCUGGAGAUGAUGUCUCAGCAGGCACUGGGACCUAUGGCAAGAUCUGGGAGAGCAGCACCAAGUGCAGCAUUGACAACUUCAUCUUCAUCAAGGUCCUGGGCAAAGGCAGCUUCGGGAAGGUGCUGCUUGCAGAGCUGAAGGGCAAGAAGGAAUUCUUCGCCAUCAAGGCCCUCAAGAAGGACGUGGUUCUGAUCGAUGAUGACGUGGAGUGCACCAUGGUAGAGAAGCGGGUGCUGGCGCUCGCCGGGGAGAAUCCCUUUCUCACCCACCUCUUUUGCACCUUCCAGACCAAGGACCACCUGUUCUUCGUGAUGGAGUUCCUCAACGGGGGGGACCUGAUGUACCACAUCCAGGACAAAGGCCGUUUCGAGCUCUACCGUGCCACGUUUUAUGCGGCUGAGAUAAUCUGUGGGCUACAGUUUCUACACCAGAAAGGGAUCAUUUACAGGGACCUCAAGCUGGACAACGUGAUGCUGGACCGGGAUGGCCACAUCAAGAUUGCUGACUUCGGCAUGUGCAAGGAGAACAUGCUGGGGGACAAACAGGCCAGCACCUUCUGCGGCACUCCUGACUACAUCGCCCCAGAGAUCCUACAGGGCCUGAAGUACUCAUUCUCUGUGGACUGGUGGUCCUUCGGAGUCCUUCUCUAUGAAAUGCUCAUCGGUCAGUCCCCCUUCCACGGUGAUGAUGAGGACGAACUCUUCGAGUCCAUCCGUGUGGACUCACCGUAUUAUCCCCGCUGGAUCACUAGGGAGUCCAAGGACAUCCUGGAGAAGCUGCUUGAACGAGACACAGGCAAGAGGCUGGGAGUGACAGGGAACAUCAGAACCCACCCCUUCUUCAAGACCAUCAACUGGACUCUGCUGGAGAAACGUGCAGUGGAGCCACCCUUCAAGCCCAAAGUGAGGUCCCCUGGAGACUACAGCAACUUCGACCAGGAGUUCCUGAAUGAGAAGCCACGUCUCUCCUUCAGCGACAAGAAUCUCAUCGACUCCAUGGACCAAACAGCAUUUGCUGGCUUCUCCUUCCUGAACCCCAAAUUCGAGAGGCUCCUGGAAAAUUGAGGUUCCCAGACAUGCGCCACCCCUACCCCUACCCCAGCCAGGGAGCUUUGGGUCAGCCAGCUCCUUCUGCCAACCCAGCCCAGCAGAACAGCCUGGGCCCCCCACUUCAUCAGCACCUGCCCACCUCCCGCCACGAUAAGCAACAGUGUGAUUGUCGUGAUUUCUGCUGCUGCCCGCCUUCUUCGUCCCCCAUAAGGGACUUCAGCUCCUGUCUGGCUGGGCCUCUACGGUACUUCCUCUGUGAAUUGUGUGUGAAUUUGCUUUUCCUCUGUCCUCAGAGGGAAACUGUAAAUCCUGUGUUUCAUUACUUGAAUGUAGUUAUCUAUGGAAAAAAAUAUAUUAUAUAUAUAUAUAUAUAUACAUACACACACACACACGCACACACACACGCACACAUAUAUAUAAAAUAGGCUGUAUAUAUUGCUCAUUGGAGAAAAAACGUGGGGACUGGUGAUAUUGUUGAUCUUUUAAAAUAUACAUAUUAUAUAUACUAUGUGCUCUCCCCCCUGCCCCCCGCCAAAAAAAAAAAAAAAAAAAGGGAGCACAAGCUGUUCGAACCAGUAGGUUCUUUUAUUUGUGUGUCUAAAUAAACAACUGGUAUCGAUGGUAUCGACCUGGCUGUAGGGACGUGUGUGUCCCAGGAAGUUGGUGGCCUCCGCUCCUACUUCUGGCAGCCGUUGUCUUGGAAGCUAACAGCUGUUGGUUGCAAAUGCAGACCCCUGGGCUUUCAUGCAAAUGUGUUUGUAUUUAUGGAUUUCCUCUGGCUCCAGGGCCUUAGGCCUAAAGCAGAAAACUUUUCUGGGUGGCUGAGGGAGCCCCAUAUGUUUCUGUGGGGUGAUGGGAGGAGGCAGGACCAGCUGCCGAGAGUCCGUCUCAGAAGAGUGAGGGGCCCGGUGUGGAAGAGGGGAGCAGUCAAAGGCCUGGCCGGAAGACACAGACUAAGACACCACAGCCGAGGUCGGCCCAGGCUGGGGAGGAAGGAAAUAUAGCUCAGGCUUCAGGCAGAUCUAGAUUCAUAUUGCAAAGUAGCCAAAAAAUGUGGCUUUUAAGAUGUCGGUUAAUCAUUUGAAACCUCCUUUUCCUCAUCUGCAAAAUGGGGACAGGGCAUGGCAGCACUCCAGUUAACUUCACAUCUCAUAUUUAUAUCUCCUCCCUUGCUGCCAAGGAGUCUGUAUUUGAGUUCUAGAAUCUAUUUCUCAGGAGCCCUUUCCUACCUGGGGACAGGGAGGGGAGCAGAGUAGGAGAAAAAAGUGAGACAAGGCCGAGUGUCUGGGUUGAGGUUGAGAGCCUUGCUCCAGUGUGUGGAGCAGUGAGGAAGCUAGCUGUUGGUUGCCCAUGUCCCCCGAGCGUAGGUAGCUCUCUGUCCCCAGCACCUAAGUGUCCUGCUCUUGGCUUCCCGUUUCUGCCUCUGUCUCUCCCCAGGCACCAGCCUCAAGCAGGGCCCGCCCUCCAGCCCGGGUGGUGGGGAAGGUGCCCCCAGCACCAGAUUUGUUGGCUGUUGCAGCCAAGCAGCUGACUUCCAGCAAGUUCAUUUUUCUGGGCUGAGGUACAAGUUUCCACAGCUGGAGAGGAGCCGGAUGAGGUGGGGCUGGUGCUGGCCAGGGUAGGGGGCUGCGGGGGUGGAGGGGCCAAACCGUCCCUGGAGAAACCAAGCAUCACCUUCCCCUCCUCCUGCUAUCUUCUUGGGAAACACUGGAAUCCCUGCUGUGUCCAUCAGUUGAAAACCCCAUAAGUGGGGCUUUGUCCCUGUGGGCUCACAGUCAGGUGGGGGAGAGAUGGUGUGAUGCUGGGGGUGUGGGAGCCUGAGGAGGAGCCUGGGGACCCCUGGCCCCUACCUCUGCUGCAACAGGCACAGGCCCCAGAAGCCCCCCGGGCUGUCCAGAGUGGGUUUAGAACCAAAGUAUGGUUGGUGUCUAGUUCCAAACCUCAUGCUAUCUAUCGUCCUGCAGCUCCAAGGCAGAGCCAUGCACCCAGAGCCCCUGUUUCCUCCCUUGUGGAGUUGGGAGUAAAGUUUUCCAGCCAGAGGCGGUGGAGGGUGGCAGGAAGAACACAGUGUCUAGAAUCGGGAGCCUGGAGUGUGAAUUCCACUCUGUCACCCACGCUUUGCAACCUCCAUGAGUUUCUUCCUUGGACCUCAGUUCCCUCAUCUAUAAAACAGGACCAUUACCCUCUGCUGCCUCGUGGAGCACCUGGAAGACCCUCAGGGACUGAUGCUGGGCACCCCAUGGUGCAGGGCAAAGCCUGGGGGAUGAGAAAGCAGCUGCUAGUGUUGCUGUCAAACAGUCUAGGAGGCUGUGCAAUUCCAGGCCUGUUUCCAGAGUUGGGGAGGUGCCAGUCCUGACUGGUGGCCCCGGAAAUGCCUCUCGUGGCUGGGCCCAGAGCCACGCUUUCUGGGUGUCUGGAAGCAGGCAGACAGCCCUCCACCUGCCAACUAGGUGAGCAGGCAGAGCAGCAAGCAUGGCCCCCACCUGAAAUGUGUACCAGGCCCCAUGCUCAGGGCCAAGCAGGCUAACACACAUAGAGGCAGGAGGGUCUCGGGGGCAGGAGCAGGGCUCUGCUCUCAGAUGCCCCUGGUUUCAAACCCUAUAUGUCCCUAGAUGGGUGACCUCAGUGAGUGACAACCUCCUGGAGCUCCAGUUGCCUCUACUGUAAAAUGGGGAAGCAGGCAGACCUCAUUUUAUUUUGCUUCACUUUACUGCAUUUUGCAGAUAUCACAGUCUUUACAAAUUGAAGGUUUGGCAACUCUGUGUGGAGCAAGUCUGUUGGCGCUAUUUCUCCAUCAGCAUUAGCUCACUUUGUGUUUCUGUGUCACGUUUUAGUGAUUGUCUCAAUAUCUCAAAAUUUUAAAUUGUUA